AUGUCCAACUUCAAUGCCAAUGCUUCUUCCUCUUCGACUUCAACAUCGACCGAACCGAUCAUUGGUCCGCCCAACCCUCAGAACCCUCCUCUCCUCCCAUGGGCCUUCUCCGACUGUCCGCUCGAUAUUCUGGUGGACCUCCUCACCCACAUGCUGGAAUUGCUCAUCAAACAUAACGAUCAGGUGGUACUCACGCCCGACGCCCUUACCAGAUUUCACUCGAGAGCUGCACCGGGGAUCAGUGUCAAGGAUUACUUGGGGAGAAUAGUGAAAUAUACGAAUUUGGAGAAAAUUCCACUACUAUCCCUCCUAGCUUAUAUCGACACAACCUGUACCAACCUCCCUUCUUUCACCUUAUCAUCCUUGACCGUCCAUCGAUUUCUCAUUGCGUCUAUAUGCGCAGGCUCCAAAGCCCAAUGCGAUGUCUUCUGCACCAAUGCCCAUUAUGCUAAAGUUGGAGGUAUAAAGACGCAGGAGUUGAAUGCGCUGGAGAGGGAGUUGUUGAGGGUCACCAAAUGGGAUUUAUGUUGUCAUGCUGAACAGCUACAAAAAUACUAUACAUCGCUGAUCCGCUCCCAUGGCGGAUACGCUCAAUCACCUCAACCCGCCAAUCCACCAUUCUUACCUUUCCCCAGAUCACGUUCUAAACCGCGUGCAUCGACCGCGCCGUCACCUACACCUGAAGGCGACACUCCAGCUCCACCAGGCCAGGAUGGUGAGCCGGAACCACCAGACGAAGACGAAGCAAUGGGUGAGGGCGAUGACGACGAAGGUAUGUCGGAUGAAGAUGAAUCAAGUAUGGUGAUUGAUGCUUCGCCGCGGGGCAGGAAAAGGAUAAAAAAGACUAGCGAUAAUGGUGGGAUGAUGGAUGUUGAUACUUCACCUACAACGGCACAGGCGCAAGAGAUCCCAAUCGAACAUGAUGAAUCAAAUACAUCGAAUCACUCCCCUAUAUCUUCAGCUUCAACCGGCUCUUCCUCCGUCCCUUCUUCAUCCAAAUCAUCAAUCCACAGGAAUACACCAGGGAGCGGGACUUUGAAAGGCAAAAGAUCAAGAUUGGUAUCGAUAAGCGAAUCGAAAAUUGCUGAACCGAAGAUCGACACCACUCCAGCUGUAGCUGAUCCUUCACCUACUUCCUCAACAAAAUUACAUGCACCGCCACCUCAGAACGAUCAACCUAAACUUCAGCCUAAACCACCCGCUCCUAUACCUACACCUACACGCAAAUCAACUUCAGCGAUACUUACAACUUCAACAGGCACUUCGUCCGAUCCUAAACCUCAGUCUCAUUCACAUUCACACUCGAGUGGGAAAUUGCUGAAAUCGUUAGUAGGAGGUAUCUUCAGGAGAAAAUCUUUACCUGGAGAUGGCAACGAUUUAUUGGCUAUUUCACCUUCUUCAACUUCAACGAACAAUGGGAAUGGGUCUUUAGCAACUUCCUCAGCUGCGAAUGCAAAUGGGAAAAGUAAAUCUCAACAAUCUACCACUACCUCGCACUCUGGAUCUGGACCUGCAUAUAAUGUGAUCCCUUCUAAACCUAUACAAUCACCUACGUCUACUGGUAAAUCAGGUAUAACAGCUUCACGACCCACAUCCACUUCCACCACAACUUCACCUAGGAUAUACUCAUCUACCUCGGCUACAGGAGAUAAAUCACCUAAACCUGGAUUAGCUAAACCUGUGACUCCAAAAGUACGUACACGCGACGAGACUUCCCUAGAUCCCAGAGAGAGGGUUGUUCUUGGUGCUCCGAUGGGCAUGGGUAUGGGUAUCGCGGUGGAUGAAUUGGAAGGGAAAAGAAGUAGAAUACCAUGA